AAAAUCACUGGAAAAAUGACGGAUAUAAAUAAUAUGCCUAUACAAAUCACAGCAUCAACUUGGCUCAAAGAUUCAUUCGGUCUUUACGAUUACAAAUGUAAAGAUAUAGAAGUCAGAAACUUCAAAGGAGUCGGCAGUUUUCAUAUCUACAGAGAUGAAGAUAAUGGUGUAUAUUGCUCAUCUGAAGAGCUAGGACCAAAUGAUAUAUUACAUGUUGCAAGAUCAAAGGAUUCGUACUAUGUCGCUCCUUCAGGAAUCGGAGACUCUUCAAACUAUUAUUGUAACCACUCUUGGAAUUUAGUUAGAAAUAAAGAAAUUAGCAAACAUGGAUUUAGAGGAAAAUAAGCUGGAAGUGGGUGUAAUCCUCAAACUCGGCAGAUUCAUUUUUAAAGUGAUCGAUAUUUCGAAUAAAAAUUCAGAUAAAAAGGGAUUGGCAGGAACUAAUCUUGAUUUGUACUUUGCUUCUUUGUUCCAAUCUAGCCAGAUGAGUAUUGCAAAGAAAUCCAAGCCUCUUGUAAAGAAAUCGAGGAGAGGGCGCCACAUUCAAAGUAGUAAAAAUCAGCUAUAAAAAAUGAAAAGGAGGAUUUUGUAUGCAGAAUUUGCUUGAGUAGUUCUCA